AGAACAACUUUUUAUCCGCAGGCAGAUCGCAGAUCGACCAUCUCUUGCAUGUGCCACGGAAUCUUCCACUGCAUGCGAUAUCCUGCGCUUGGAGAGUCUCUUUGCCAGGCACAUCAAAUCUGGCAGACAAGUCCACAACGACUGCCAUCUUUGUGCGGGCUCGCGCUGAAGCCUGACGCUCAGGCAAAAUGAGCGAUUCUUCAGAAGACGAUCAGCCCUUCAAUCUUCGCGACUACGACGACGACGAAUCUGACGACGAGCGACCACAUAAGAGACGGAAGACGACAAAGAUUUUGCGCAGCCGUGGGCUUGGGUUCGUCAAAUCUACCGGCCAAGAAGAGGGGCAGGACGGUGCAAGAGACGGGGAAGCUGAAGAUGAGGAACCAUACAUUGAUGACGAAAGACCCUCUAUGGGCAUGGGUAUGGGCCUGGGAAUGGGCGCUGGUAUGAGUGGAUUUCGGAGCUCCUUCAACAUAGGCGAAUACAACGACGAGGAAGCAGGGGCAGAAAGAGCCACUCCGCCGCCGGACAUGUCUCCCCAAAGGCAAUCAGACAAGACUCGCCGUAUGGGCCCUUCAGUGUUUGGUGCCGGCGGACGGAUGAACAAAAAUUCCUUUGCGGCGCGAAUGAUGGCAAAACAAGGCUAUGUUGAAGGCCAAGGUCUAGGAAAAUCAGGGCAGGGGAUAACAGCACCUAUCCAGGCCAAAGUGCUGCAAAGUCGGGCUGGCCUGGGUCAAGGAACCGGGACACCCGAACCUCCUCACAGGAAACAAGACGCAGGAAAGGAAAAGACGUCUUCCAAAGCGUCGACACCUGGCACAAGCACACCGCGGAUCAAGGCACCUCCCAAGGCCAAAUAUGCCGUCGCGGCAAUCGAGUCGAGGGGCCUCCACGUCCCUGAAGCCAUGAAGCAAAUCAUUGUCGAUGCAACUGGAGCCGAAACCAAGACCGUGACCUCCUUAUCAGGCUUCUCAACCCCUACCAGAGAAGCCUCGCCAUCACCGGCGCUCGAAGCCGCAAAAGCCACUUCCCGUAUAAGGCUCCAACUGCAGGCGUUUGCCGACGCCUGGGACUCAACAAAAGACCAAGAAAGUCAUCUGGAGCAGGAAGAAAUUCAGCUCGGCGCUGCAUUGGUAUUACAUGAAGAAGAGAUCCAACGCUACAACGACAUUAUCUCCGCAUUUGAACGGGUCACUGUGGACGACUCGAAUGAGUCUCGAGACUGGAACUCAUCCAUAUCCCGCCUCCAGGAGAUUCAAGUCCGCUCGUCGCACUAUAUUUCCGAGCUUUCGCUCCCCGAACUCACUGCUUCCUGCCUGGAAACACCUUUCCGGCGCGAAAUAGUUGAGUGGGAUCCUCUUUCUGACCCAACUCACCUCAUUGACUCGUUGAAGUCGAUCGACCAGCUUCUCGAGGUCGAAAAGUCAAGGUCCUCCCGCCACCGCAAACGCACGACCUACUUUGAGUCGUUGCUGCUGCUGCAUUGGUAUCCACGCAUACGCACGGCAUUGUCCAAAGAAUGGGACAUCUACGAUCCAGACCCGGCCUAUAAUCUGAUCGAGGCUUGGACGCCACUCCUCCCUCCUUUCCUAAUCUACAAGAUCCUGCAUGAAACCGUGAUUCCGCGGUUAAUCAAGGCUGUCAAACGAUUCCCCAAGACACUCGACUCUGGCACAUUCGGCGGGGAAAGAAGCAAGAAGUCUAGUCGGGCUCCAGAUAUGCACACCUGGCUCUUCGACUGGUGGACGCUCAUCUCGUCCGAGACGCUCGACCUCGAACGGUUCCCCGAGCUCAAAUCCCUCGUCAAGGCCAAAGUCGACGCCGACUCGUGGGCCCACUGGAAACCGCUGCUCGGGUCGAGGAAACCCAAACUGCUCCCGUCAGCCACCCCUGCCAAGCAACGUACCACCACCGCCGCUUCAGCUACCGCGGCUGGUCUCAGCGAAGCCAUGGAGGAGAUGACGUUCAGAUCGCUCGUCGAGGAAUGGUGCUCGGAGCACAACCUCCUUCUGCAGACCUCGCACAAGUCCGACGCCUUUGGGCGGCUGCUGUACAGGCUGCAAGAUGCCGAGAGACGGAAUCGCGGGAUCCUGGUAUAUUUGCAGGACGACGUCGUGUUUGGGGCCGAAGACGGAGAGCCGUACGCGUUGGACGAGCGGUUGAUCGCCAAGGCCCGCGGAAAGUAACAAAACAAAGCCGUGGACUUGGAAAGGACGAACCAUCCAUCAACCCCGAGGGAGAAGGUCAGAUGCCAGGGAGUUUGCGUCCAUGGACGGGCUCUCGAGGGAGGGCUGUCUCCGUACGCGUAUCUGACGAGAACACACACAGCUGUGCACAUCAAUCAUAGCCCCAGGAAUUUGGAGAGCGAAGACAAAAAGAUCGCUUUAUCUCUGUUGUUGGAAUGCAAACCGCAAAGCGCGCUUCCCAGAUUUGAACCCCCCCCCUUGGUCUAGUAAGUAGUAGUAGCUAGGUAUGUGGAUAGAUACUCCGUACAUUUCGAAGAAUUCCCGCGCCAGCCCAGGCCACGACAACGACAACGACAACGACAACGGUGAUCCAACUCAACUCAAACUCAACUCGCUUCUUUCCCAAGCAGAGCUCGCGCCAGGCUGUGUGAUCCGAGAUAGAAAUAGCGGAGAAAGGGAGGUAGGUAGGUGUGUGUGUGUGUGUCCAGACGUGUGAAUUUAUGGCAGGCUGCAUGCAUAUCC